UUGCAUUAAUCAUUAUUCAUUAUCACCUCUCUCUCUCUCUUCUUUCUCUCUCCACAAAUAUAUUAAAUUAAAAUUAAUUCAAAGUAUAAUAAUUAAUUGUAGGUGGUGUGUGAAAAUCCGCGCACUGGGAAAAAAAAGGGGGAAAGAUAAAAAGGGGGGAAUAUCCAAUGAAGUAAAGAUGCAGAUGAUUCUCUGUAGAGCAGCAGCACCCAAGGCCAUGGCUUCCUUCCCUCGCUCCAGGAAGGGGUCAGAGUUAUGUGUAUGGCCAGGAAUGGGGCAACUUUGUCUAAGAAAGAAUCUCUUGUAUGGAUUUAUGCGGCUCUUUUCGUUGCCAUUCAAAACCUUGCGUAGUGUCAGCCGAAGAAUCGGAGGAGUUUCUCAAUUUUGCAGCAUAACCAAUAUGUCAUCAAGUCUACAAAUUGAACUAGUACCGUGUCUUCGAGAUAACUAUGCAUACCUGCUACAUGAUGUGGAUACUGGAACAGUUGGAGUUGUUGAUCCUUCGGAAUCUGUACCUAUUAUAGAAGCAUUAAACAAGAAAAAUUGGAAUUUAAAUUACAUAUUGAACACUCAUCACCAUUACGAUCACACUGGUGGCAACAUUGACUUGAAAGAAAGGUAUGGUGCAAAGGUAAUUGGUUCUGGUUUAGACAAGGAGAGAAUUCCUGGUAUUGACAUAGUUCUGAACGACGGAGACAAAUGGAUGUUUGCAAGUCAUCAAGUGCUUGUUAUGUCGACUCCUGGUCAUACACGAGGACAUAUUAGUUUCUACUUUCCUGGAUCAAAGUCGGUUUUCACAGGGGACACUUUAUUCAGUUUGUCAUGUGGUAAACUUUUCGAAGGAACUCCACAGCAGAUGCUUUCUUCCCUGAGGAAAAUUACGUCAUUGCCAGACGAUACCAAUGUAUAUUGUGGUCAUGAAUACACCUUUAGUAAUUCCAAGUUCGCACUAUCUAUUGAACCUGGAAAUCAAGAAUUGCAGUCUUAUGCCACCGACAUAGUUCACCUCCGCAACAAGGGCUUACCUACGAUCCCAUGCUCAUUAGGAAAGGAGAAGUUGUGUAAUCCGUUUCUACGAACAUCAAGUACGGAAAUUCGAAGGUCACUGAAAAUACCAGAGUCGGCAGAUGAUGCAGAGGCACUAGGUGCCAUUCGUCAAGCCAAGGACAACUUUUAGGUUCUGUAAAACUUGUCUUGUUUUGCAUUCUUUUACCUGCCUUAAUACGAAAAGAAUCGUGUAGAAAUCGACCAUACACGAUCUGUGAAGUGAAGAUUAGUUUCGGAGUACAUUUUACAUUGGCAUUGUAUAGAAGCAAAUUUCAUCUAUAAAAUGAAAUACUAGUAGUGUAAUAUUUAAAUCCAUUGACUUGCCAUUGUUUGAUUAUGUGUUGGGUGAUUUACAUAUAUAUAUAUAAUGUUGAAAGUU